GGAGGAUGUAAACAAUCACGGGAUCGGCGGAGGUGGAGAGGGUAGGGAAGCUCGGUGCCAGGAGGGCGAGUAGAACACUUUCUUGCACCAUGACAGCUGAUCUGGACUAUGAUGAGAACAGUUUUAAGGUUGUGGCAGAGAGUGAGCUCCGCAGAUAUAAUAGCAUCGUAGAAAAGCAUGGGGACCAGCUGGAGGAGAUCAUUGAGGCUCUGGGGCCACACCCACUACCACCCUGGGACCCUGUGUCAGAUCCAGUUAAGCUCAAUAUGUCCCCGUUUGAGCAGACAUCUCUGGUUCAUCUGGUGCAAAGUGAUAACAAAUUAGUGAACAAAGUGGUACUAGCUCUGAGUGCAGUAUGUUAUGAAAUGAAUCAGCUGGUUGAUGAAGCCCGCAACCAGCUCUACCCUCCUCUUUUGUUAUAUGGAAGUGGAGAGUCAAUAGGAGAGUCUGGAGAGGCAUUAGGAGAAUCCCAGACUUCUUUGUCAUUCAUCUUGCCAACACUGCAGCGAGUUGCCUGCUAUGUGGCACGUGUGCAGAGGGUGACUCGGAAUGUAAUGCAUCAGAUGGCAGCCCUUUACCCAUCAGACAAAAGGUCUCAGGCAGUUAUAGAUGUUUCUGAUGUACAUUUUCAGGUUGUAUAUGAGCAUUUGGGUUCCCUCCUGGGUACAGUUAUCACUUUAGACGAGAUCAUUUUUGGCAACUCAGAGCUGCACCAACACUGGGGGGCGUAUCGCCGACUGAUACGUUCAGCUGGGUCAGAUCAGCAGAAGUUUGGUCAGGACAGGAAAAGUCUGGAACCCUUGGAGAAAUUGUUGAAUGAUGUGGAGAACCUGGUUAUGCAGAGCACCAUGUUUACAUCAGUGUUACGGCAGUCCUAUGACACAGAUGGGCAUAUGGUUACAAGGAAUGGGAAUCUGCGGGAGGAGAUGAUGAGCAUCUUAUUGGGCUGGUGUGCUCAGCUGGAACAAGGCGGCUCUGAAGGAUGGUGGUGUGACUAUCAACCACAGGUUGUUGCUGUUACAGCCUUAGGAAUUCUUCAUCAUGUUCUCUUUGACAUUCAGGACAAGAAAUUAGCUAAGGCACUUGUCAACAUAUACAAAAAGAUUCCAUGUAUUACUUUAGUUGGUUCUGUGGUAUGGUUCGGAGAGAGAUAUAUUCCCUCUGUUGUUCCUUCCCUCAAUCAACUCUUUGAUCGUAAGACCCAAGACACACUUCUAACUCACCGCAAUAACCACCUUGCUCAAAAGAGUGGAAUGAUUGCAAAGGAAGCUCAGUUAGUCAAUGUACAGAUUUGUGGCUGGGCUGUUAAUCUGGAUGCAGCUGCCAAGAAACAUUCCAGCCAAAUGAAGAACCAGGACCUGAGUCAACGAGCAUCUCUCUUAUUACAAGGAAUGAUCCUCGCCCACACAAUCAAGUACAGUGUUGAGACAGUCCUCAACCUACAUACUGCUUUAGGAAGACCAAUGGGAAAGGCUUGUGCUCUCAGCAUCUGCAGCCUUAUGGAGUCACUCAAGGCCAUAGAGAAUACAUACCACCGCCACAGCACUCUCUUGGCUGAGUCUCUCCCCCAUGUGAUGCAGUAUCUCACAUGCCAGAUUCUCUCAAUCAUAGUUGCAGCAAAAACAAGAGUAUCAAGUACUCGUUUGGAUGGUCGUAGGCUGGAUAUCUUUGUGGCACUAACACUAGUUGAGCAGAUGCUGUCUGGCUCUGGCACAAAGGAACGACGACUCAUCACCCGUGUAGCUCUGUCACUGGCAAAUCAAGCAAGGGCUCUCAGGGAGGAAGAUAUUUCAAGCUUGCUGGUGUUAUUGCGAAGGCUGGAUCUAGCAUGUGAAGUGCAGAAUCGAGUCAAGGAAGCCACAAACUGUUCACUUCUCUAUCACCAUCGUGUUAUAUUGCCAACAUACUUUGACAACUACUUUCAGAACUUCGAAAAUGUGCAUCAUAUACAUUUUAUGUUUGCUGCCAUAAAAGACUGUGAAGGCCCUCUGAAGAAGUGUGUCCAUUUAACUCCACCAAGUCAGCUGCUGGAACAGUUCAAGGAAGAAGUGUAUAAUCACUUCAAGGAAUGUGUACUUGACAAGGUGUGCCAGACUGUGGAGACAGAGCUCCGACUGAGCACUCACACUCAUCUUCAACUGGACAGUCGUAACCCAUACCAAGUGCCGGUACGGGAUGUGUCUCCUGUUCUACAUCUUCAGGCACUUGUUCUGCUUGGUUCCAUCAUUUUGAUAAAAGAUUAUGUUGAACAGUAUUUGGAGAGAACCUUCUAUGCUCUGACUGUAGUAGCACCUCAUGAUUGGAGAACUUAUGAGGAAAUGAGAAAUCUCGCCUCCUCCAAAUAUAGUCUCUUUACCGUCCCAUCCCACCUUCCAUCUCACACUUUAGACCAGGGUGUAGAUGUUCUGGAAAUGAUGCGCAAUAUCCACGUGUUUGUACAACACUACAUGUACAACCUGAACCAGCAGUUCUUUGUUGAAGCCACAAGCAACAACAAGCAUCUUAAUACAGUCUCCAUAAACCAUAUUGCAAAUUCCAUACGGACUCAUGGGGCUGGUAUCAUUAACACUACAGUGAACUUUACCUAUCAAUUUCUAAGACGGAAGUUCCAUGUAUUCUCUCAGUUCCUCUAUGAUGAACACAUAAAGUCACGUUUGUUAAAGGAUCUGCAGCAUUGGAGAGAGGUUAAAGCAAGUCAAGAAUACUUCCCAUUUGAAAGAGCAGAAAAGUUCAACCGUGGUAUUAGGAAGCUUGGUCUCACUCAAGAAGGACUGUCUUAUUUAGAUCAGUUUCGAGGACUUAUAACUCAUAUUGGGAAUGCCAUGGGCUAUGUGAGGCUGGUCCGGUCAGGUGGCCUUCACUGCUCAAGCAAAGCAGCCCGUUUCAUCCCUGACCUACAGGAUGUGGUGAGUUUUGUCCAGCUGUGUGAGGAUGCCAGUGUGUCUACUGAAACAACACGAGCUGCAGAGAACCUUGAUGCUGUAAUCAGCAACCUCACUAGGAACUUCAAUCAGGAUACUGACUAUUUUAAGCUUCUGGUCGAUGUAUUUGCCCCAGCAAUGCGUGACAACAAGAACAACCAUUUACGCAAUUUCUACCUCAUCAUUCCUCCUCUGACUGUUAACUUUGUGGAGCAUCUCAUUGCUGCUAAAGAUAAUAUAAAUAAAAAGAACAAGUCUGGGGCUGCAUUUACUGAUGAUGGAUUUGCUAUGGGAAUUGCAUACUUGCUGAAGGUCCUUGACCAAAAUUCAGCUUUUGACUCCUUGCACUGGUGGUCAGGUGUUAGAAGAAAGUACAUAUCUGAAAGAGAAAAGGUUGAACAGCAGCGGCAGUCAGGCAGUGGAGGAGAUGAUAAACUUCAGCAGACUCUGGCACUCACAUUGUCCCGACUGCAACAGUACCAGCAGGAAUUUGAGCUCCUUUACUUGAGUGUGAGCAGCGCAAGGGUUUUCUUUAGGGGUGACUGGGCAUCUGCAAUGUCCAUGGCAGAUGGACAAAAUAGUGACACCCAGUCUACAAACAGUGGUACAAGCAACAAGGAGAGUUCUGGAAAAUAGCACUUAAAAGUCAACCAAGUGCAGCCACUGAACUAUCAUUGAUGGCAACAUUUACAAUUUUAUUAAUUGAAAAGUAUAAUUAUUUGAAGUAGGCAACAAAAUUAAUUUCUUUAUGUAAGUUCCUUUCAAUUGGAGAGUAUCUAAUUGAGAAACAUUUCUGAAGAUGUCACUUGAUAUAAUGAUCUGCAUAUUUAUAUAUUAAUUGAAAAUCAUGUUUUUCUGCUCUGGAAUGGAUAUUUAGGAGGUAUUAUCCAAUGAUAUGUGGAUAAGUGCCACCUGAGAUAUAUUGUAGAAUUUGAAUAUUAAAAACGACACUAUUGAUUUAUUUGAUAAUGGGGAAUUUUGAUGUUAGUAUAAAAUUACUGUUGACUUAAAUGUAUAAUGCAUAGAACUGCAACUGCUGUUUUUAUCACAAAAUGGACAGGGAGUACAAACACAAGAUUGUUAGAGGAAAUGUUUUACAAACAUUGAUUGUUGUUAUUAUCUGUGAUAAGGGAAUUUGAUGUAGAUAAAUAUAUAUUUAGUAGUAUACCUAAGAUAAUAAAUGAGAAUGAUUUAUACAGUUUUCCAAUUAAAAAUUACAUCUAUGA